AUGGUCCAUCAUACUAUGCCUCUCCCUCGCAUCCCAGAUCUGAGUCUCCCAUCUUUUCGAGAGCUCGACGAGUCCGUCGAAGCCAACAGGCGCAACCAACCGAGCAUUCAUGUUUCUAGCAAUAUGUAUGAGGGAACAAGCAACAGUUCCUCGUCUUCGCCACAAAAUAUCAAUACCGUUCCCAACCCGUACCCACCCUAUCCAGCUAAUGGAUGGCUUGUCCCGCCUGACCCCAGCCAGAAUGCUUUUCGAGAACCCGGAUUUACCUAUCAACCCGUGAACCAGGGCUCUGUCACAGUGCUUCAACCCAAUGUAAACGUGGACAGGGGUAAGAAAGAGACAGCAAAAACCGGUAUCUCAGGCCAAAAGUGCAACUUACGAGACCAUCCUACAGAGAUAAAUCCCACCCCUCAACUCCCUCUACGCCCGAAGGAAAUUCAGUCAUCCCCUACACCCACGCAAUCGACUCUUAGCUCCGCCCAGUCGACACUCCGCGGGCCACUAUCUCCAAGCACCGAAGUGUCAUCAACCCCGGAAAAGGUCUCCCCGAAUUUAACUCGACAAAUCCUAACAAAUCGGCAACCACCGAACGGGCAGGCCCGCCAGAGGGUGAGUCGCGAUGCAGCCGCAACUCACCGAGCUCAGAGACGACGAGUCGGCGUUCAUUUCUCAGAAGUGGCAGCCCACACCGCGAAAUGCGACGUAUGCAACAAGCGCAACAAGAAUGGCAUGUCUCGCUGUCAGAACUGCGGCUGGCAAGUCUGCCGCAAGUGUCUGACCGACCGAAACGGAGACCGAACACACGCUUCUUUCGGCGCUACUCAUGUCCCUGAGGGCGGUGGCGAUAUGCCAGUAUCUUUGCCAUCUGUAGAUGGGAACCAAGACCGCCGACGCUCUGAUUCAACUGUCGAAGUGAGAGCUGCGCAAACUCUGCUGGAUCUUGGCUCUUUUGGUAACAGUACUCCUAGUGCCACCUGCGAGGUGGCAAGUAACGGUGGUGGACAGAAAGUGGCUGCUGCGCUUGCACCAGUCUUACAGCAGCAGGUUGAUGCUUUGUCUACUGAUUCUGAUAUGACCUUGUCUGUUGUUGGAGAUGAGGAGUGGCCUCAGGAUGAGCCUGAUGUCCCUAUUGGUGAGGACGGUCUCCCUAUUGGAUACAUCAUAACACGACGCAACCCUGCACGUGCUGCGAGACCUUCUGCGAAGAUGGCGGAGUAA